AUGAGGAGUGCACUCACUAGGAAUUACUCAGAGACGACUGAGUUUAUUCUGCUGGGAUUCAAGACAUCGCCAGAAGUGCAAAUCCUGUUAUUUUUACUCUUCUUGCUUAUCUAUAUGGUCAUUGUGGUAGGAAAUAUCAGCAUGCUCAUUGUGAUUAAGGGGGACUCCAGACUGCACACACCUAUGUAUUUCUUUCUCAGAAAUUUGUCUUUCUUAGACAUCUGUUACUCUACAGUCAUUGCUCCCAAGACCCUGGCUACUUUCUUGUCGAAGGAAAAGAAAAUUUCUUACAAUGGUUGUGCAACACAGUUCUUUUUCUUUGCUCUCUUUGUGGGGACCGAAGGCUUCCUCCUGGCCGUGAUGGCGUAUGACCGCUUCUCCGCCAUUUGCUCGCCUUUCCUCUACGCUGCGCGCAUGUCUCAGCCGGCCUGCACGCAUCUGGUCCUUGGCUCCUAUGUCUGCGGCUGCAUCAACUCUAUGAUACAAACGGGUUUCACCUUCAGUCUGCGAUUCUGUGGAGAGAACAGAUUAGACCACUUCUUCUGCGAUGUGCCAGCCCUGAUCAAGAUCUCGUGUGUGGACACCUUUGUGAAUGAGAUCGUGCUGUUCAUCCUCUCGGCUCUCAUCAUCAUCAGCACCACCACCGUCAUUCUGGUUUCCUAUGCUUACAUCCUCUCCACUGUCCUGAAGAUCCCGUCCCUCAGCGGCCGCAGUAAGGCUUUCUCCACCUGCAGCUCUCACAUCACUGUGGUGAGUUUGUUUUAUGGGACUGUGUUCUUCAUGUACGCCCAGCCGGGGGCCAUCUCUUCACCAGAAAAAAGUAAGGUUAUAGCUGUGUUCUACACGCUCGUCAUCCCUAUGUUAAAUCCUUUGAUUUAUAGUCUAAGGAAUAGGGAGGUGAAAAACGCUGUAAAAAAGAUAUUGUUGAGAAAAACCUCUUUUCAUUGA